AUGCCCAAAGAAUGGAAUGUGUGCUCAUUGACUAUUCUACUGCUGGUUACAAUUCUAGUUACAACAAUUUCGAGUUAUUUCAAGAUUAGUAAUAUUGAAAACUACCUCACUACUCCUACUGCUACCGACACCUCCAAUGUCAUUGACCUCUACCAGUCGGAAACCGUCAAAGAAUUACGGAAGAAAGCACUCAUAUCGGCUGAAAAUGAUAGAAGAGUACUAUUCAAUGCAUCUUUGAAAACCAAUGGCCAGGAUUUCUACAGAAAAAUGAAAAUGGAAGCAUAUUGUGGUCAGAAAGAGAGGAUUGGAGAGAAGGGGGACGGAGGGAAAUAUGUUUGUAAUCCGAAGAAGGUAAAGAAGGAUUGCACAUUGAUGUCUUUGGGUCUCAAUAAUCAAAUUGGUUACGACAAGCAUAUCUUUGAAGUCACCGGGGGACAAUGCAGGAUUCUUGGGGCAGAUGUUGACCCCCAAAACCAAAAAACGCAAGAUUCCUACGCGAAAAUAAAUGGAGAACUGUUUGCGGGAAAGAUUCCAACUGACCUACCAAUCUCCCGAAUGCUUGAAAAAUCUGGAAGAAAAGAAGUGGAAUUGCUGAAAAUUGAUAUCGAAAAAGGAGAGUUUACUGCUCUGGAGCCUUUGAUUAGGGAUUAUUUUGUGUGUCAGAUAUUCAUCGAAAUCCACGGAACGCCUUCUGAACAUUUAAAAAUGUUGCAAACCAUGGGAAAAUACGGCUUCCGAAUUUUCAAUGUCGACGAGAACCCGUAUUGUACCUUCUGUUGUGAAUACAGUAUGAUCAAUGAGUUGUGUAUGGCACAGUUCGAAGUUGUUCCAUUGGGCAUUACCAUUCCGCAAGCAAAUGACUAA